AAAUUAUUUCAUGAUUCAACUUAUAUCUUAUCGGUAGUAUUGCACAACGUGUUUUUAAUUUUACGUUUCUUUAGUAUAGGAUAGUGUCAUUAAAGCAUUAACAGAUUCAUAAUUGAAACGUAAAUAACGUUUAUAUUUACCAAGCUAAGAAAUAUAUUCGACUUUUGAUCAAAAUCGUGUUUAAUAUCGAAUUCUAUGUCACAAGCAUAUAAUUUAUACAGUAAGAAUAUUUUAUAAAGUUCAACCAUUAAUUACCAUCUGGUAAUACAAGUCAUUACGAGUGUUAUCGGGACCGAAUGUCAAAGUUUUACUACUGUUGACGACGAUAAGAUCGUGAAAAAAUUGAAAAGAAAAAAAAGAAAAAAAGAAAAAACAAAGAAAAAUGUGCUUCCUUGUAUUCGUCUCAAAAUCUUCGAUCUGGAUAAGUAUGAAAGGUGUACGUCGAUUUUCAAAGAAAAUUGGAUUCGUUGGUUUAGGUAAAAUGGGUGGUCACAUGGCAAAAAAUAUUUUGAAAAAGGGUUACAAAUUAAAAGUAUUCGAUGUUGAUAAAUCAGCUAUGUCUAACUUGGUCGAAGCCGGUGCGAACGCUGCUUCGACCAUUACAGAAAUGGUGAAGGACGUUGACGUAAUCAUUUCUAUGUUACCUUCGAAUCAACAUGUUCUGGAUUGCUAUAUUGGUGAUAAUGGUAUAUUGAGUUCAGUGAAAAAAAAUGUACUCUUGAUAGAUAGCAGUACGAUAGAUCCGUUCGUGUCGCAGGAAAUAUCGAAAGAGACUGAAAAAAGAGAAGUUAAAUUUAUUGAUGCUCCGGUAUCAGGAGGUACAAAUGCAGCGAGAGAUGGUACAUUGACUUUUAUGGUAGGUGGGUCUAAUGCAAAUUUCGAAGCUGCCAAAUCUAUAUUAGAAAUUAUGGGCUCGAGAAUAGUUCAUUGCGGUGACAUUGGUAUGGGACAGGCAGCAAAAUUGUGUAAUAAUAUGCUAUUGGCCAUUAGUAUGAUUGGUACGGCCGAAAUUUUCAAUCUUGGUCAAAGAUUGGGCCUGAAACAAAAUGUACUGAAUGAAAUAGUGAAUUCCAGUUCAGGAAGAUGUUGGUCCUCUGAAUUGUACAAUCCUGUUCCAGGUCUUCUACCUAAUGUUCCUAGUUCAAAAAAUUAUGAAGGUGGUUUUAGUACAUUGCUCAUGGCAAAAGAUUUAAGUUUGGCACAAUCUGUCGCAACUAGAACAGACACAUUAAUUCCUUUGGGGUCUUUGGCUCAUCAAAUUUAUAGGAUGCUUAAUAGUCAUGGUUUAUCGCAAAAAGAUUUUAGCAUCGUAUAUCAAUUUAUGAAAGGAAACAAAAUUUAAAACAAAAACGCCGGCUUUAUGAGAAGAACAAUUAUGAUGUCGACUAACGUAGUAGAACGCUAUCGCCAUCUACAUAUUAAACGAUCUCGAAUAAUGCGAAUAAAUGAAAGAAAAAUUAACGAUAAGUUAAAUCUUAUAUAUUUUAACGAUGCAAAGAAUUAUGAGUAUGUUAAUAUUAUUUUUGUAUUGAAAAUAAAUACGUAGAGAUUUCUGCAUUACCGACCGAUACGUACUAUACAAUUCAUUCGAAACUGAUUCUUUCUCUCUCUCUCUCUCUCUGUAUCUCUUUUUCUUACUUUUUCUUCCUAUUUGAAAAAGAAAAAAAAAGAAGAAGAUAACGACUGCAGCGACAUCCGGCUUAUUAAAGAACCAGGUCUCUAUCAUCGGACGGUCGUUGUUGAAUUGACCAACGUGGUACCUCCACCAUUUCUGUCACUCGUUGAGAGUUUUUGCUCGCGGCAGGAGCACAGAGGAGAGAAGUUCGAGGAUAUACGAAUAAUAAAAUUAGAGACAAUCGAGUAAUCGAGAGGGCGCAGUGCGGUUCAAUGCUGCCUGGUGUCGGCGUGGCUCCUGCAUUUUCCGCCGUCCGAACGUCGUUGCCCGUGUAAUAGUAUAUUUCAAUCGUUACGUCUCGUCGUCGUGCUUAUCAACGAGGGAAGGAAGAACGUCAUUAUUAUUAUUAUUAUUAUUAUUAAUAUUAUUAUUAUUAUUUAAUAUUAUUAUUAUUAUUAUUAUUAUUAUUACUUCAAAUUCUUUUCACGGAUUGAAGAAAAUUCGAGUGGGGCCUUACGUGAAACACGGUCGGUGCGCGAAAAAGUAAAAAAAAAAAAAGAAAAAAAAAGAAAGAAAGAGAAAAGAAAAGAAAAGAAAAGAAAAGAAAAAAGAAAAACGUGCGACGAGUGAAACCUACGAAUGCAUCUUUGACGCUAAGUCAUCGAUAGAUCCGAGUGCUUGUUGUGCCUUUUCUGUGCCUUCUUGGCACGUGUCCCCCCCUUCUCUCAUUCUCUUCUCUCCUCCUACGUCUCUGUCCUUUUCUAUCUCUCUCUUUUUCUCUCUCUCUCUCUAUCUCUUUUUCUCCUCGUCGAUUCGACUGAGAUAAAACGUCGAACGAGGAGACACCUAAUUAUUUAUAAUUCCUUUCUCUCUCUCUCUCUCUCUCUCUCUCUCUCUCUCUCUCUCUCUCUCUCUCUCUGUCUUUCUCUUUUUACUUAUCAAUUUUUCCCAACAUUAGUUCGAUCGAACUAUAUCCCUUUUUCUGUUUGUUUUUUUUUGCGCGUUCGUUCGUUCCUUCGUUCGUUCGUUCGUUCGGUCGUUCGUUCGGUCCUUCGUUUGUUUGUUUGUUUGUUUGUUAAUUUUUUUUUUUAUU